CUUAUCUUACCAGCUUUUUUAAGUGUGUCUUGUCUGUCUAAACUGGUUUUAGAGCAAUGCAGAACAGGAGGGCAUCGGAGUGACCGGUCACAACAGACUGAGGCAGCAUGGCACAUUGAGGAUAAAAACAACCAGGCCUGAAGAAAUAAUGGAGAGUAUUGUCAAGUUUGUGGAUGAAAUCCUGAACAUGGUGGGAUCCUCUGACGAUUCCUCUCCCCUACCUCCCUUGAAGGACUACAAGGAAGAACUACAGUCACUCCAGAUUAAAAUGGAGGUAGAAAAAGAGAAAGGACAGCUGAGGGAUGAGAUGCUAAAGGAGCUGCGUUCUGAUAAACUCCACCUGCAGCAACAAGUGGCUCACAUGGAGAAACACCUACAGCUGCAGGCAGAGAAGGAGGAGAAGAAUGUCCAACAAGUCAAAUCUGCCUCUCCCCUACCUCCCUUGAAGGACUGCAAGGAAGAACUACAGUCACUCCAGAUUAAAAUGGAGGUAGAAAAAGAGAAAGGACAGCUGAGGGAUGAGAUGCUGAAGGAGCUGCGUUCUGAUAAACUCCACCUGCAGCAACAAGUGGCUCACAUGGAGAAACACCUACAGCUGCAGGCAGAGAAGGAGGAGAAGAAUGUCCAACAAGUCAAAUCUGGCCCCGGGUGUCCUGUGCUUCCGGGCCGAGUAGACCUACUGGAAAACUCAGAGGCGGUGUCUGACCAUGCAGUGGUACGGGAAAGUCUAACAGGUCUGUAUCCAUCUCUGGAAAAGAGAGUCCAGUUCCGUUGGAUUCACCAAAGAAUUCGUAGUAUGGAAGACAUUUGGGUCAAGGCUGGACGCUCUCUGUCAGCCAAAUACAACCUCACAGAGAGGAAAGCUAAACAGAUUCUGGUACAUCCCGGAGUAGUGACCGAUGAAUCGGGUGCUAGAAUAGCAGAGGCUGCCUUCAGUGGGGGCCCUCUUGGGGAACUAGUCCAGUGGAGUGACCUCAUCUCCACACUUCACAUCCUGGGUCACCAACUUCACCUUACUGCCUCCAUACCCGACCUCAAGCAUUUUCUAGAGAUUAAGACAGGUGGCUGCCCAACUCAUCAUACAAAAGUGGAAGCAAACCUGAUCUAUACAGAUAUUAUCGGCCUUAGACAGAUUCAGGCAAUACUACAGGCAUCGUGGAUCAAAUACAGGUGUAGGAUUCGUGUGUUGGAUACUUUCGGCACUGAGCCAGACUUCAAUCAUGUAGAUUGGGCCAAAGAGCACAACCUUCAGAGUCCAUAUGGCAGCCUGAACCUGAUUCCAAUGCAGUUCUACACCAUGUUCCCUCAUACACCAGACAACACCUUUCUGGGCUUUGUGGUGCAGCACCAGCGAAGCUCUGAAGAAACUGAGCGCUUAAAGUCUACCACAAGACAAAACCAGGCACUUGUGUAUGGCAAGAGAGCCACGUUUUGGGAGGGUAAAGAGGCAUAUCUGGAUGUUAUCCACAAGUACUUGGAGAUCCAUGGGACUGUCGAUCAAAGUGCUGGGAUUCCAGACUAUGUGAAAAACCACGGCAUUAUCAGAGGCACCGAGGUUCAGGCCCUGUUGAGACAGAGCAAGGUUUUUGUCGGAUUGUCUUUCCCAUAUGAAGGCCCCGCCCCAUUGGAGGCCUUAGCCAAUGGCUGUGCUUUUCUGAACCCCAGGUUACACCCUCCGCAAAGUAGCCUGAACACCGAGUUCUUCAAGGAUAAGCCCAACAUCAGAGAGGUGACAUCCCAGCAUCCUUAUGCCGAGGCCAUAGGAGAGCCCUACGUAUGGAUGGUAGAUAUGCACAACUCCACAGAUGUGGAGAGAGCUCUCACUGCUAUCCUCAAUCAGACUAUUGAGCCCUACCUUCCCUAUGAGUUUUCCUGUGAAGGGAUGCUCCAGAGGGUCAACAUCCUGAUAGAAAAACAGGUUGGAGGAAUGUUGGUUUAUGGGAUGGGAUUUUGCAAUUAUUAUAUUAUCAUUUUCUUCUCAUCUUUACCUCAGGACUUCUGCAAUAGUACAUGGAGCUGGCCCCCACUGAGUGCACUCCAGGUUGUGAAGGCAGAGGCAAAGACUUCCUGUAAACAGGCAUGCCAGAAGAUGGGGCUGAUCUGUGAACCUACAUUCUUUCCACAUCUUAACAGCGCCGACAAUCAUGCCAAAUAUGGUGUAGAUUGUCAAACAUCUGAGUUUUCUGACAGUCACUUGGUGUUUCCAGCCUACAACAGCAGUAGUAAACACUGUGUGCUCCAGUCCGACCCCCUGCUCUUCAGCUGUGUGAGAUCAGACCAGUCCUUGAUUCGCAUCUGCCCCUGUAGGGACUACAUUAAGGACCAGAUAGCCUUAUGCCAGGCAUGUAUCUAACUGCUGGAUAGAAAACAAUAUGUACAUGAAUGUCAAUAAAAAUGAUUUAUGUGGGUUUUA